AUGUUAUCACGUACCCAUCUGAAGAGUAGAAUCUGCCCAGACAAGUUGAGAGACUCUGUCGUUGGGUUUUUGGGCAAUGCUGCUCAAAAUGGUCUCGGAAACCCAGCUGAAACAUGGACGUUUAUCGACGUCCUUUCACAGGUUCACAGAUAUACCACCAUCUCGUCUUUAGGAUCCCAACUGUCUAUUGCCGACCGAGGUAGUGCUUAA